AGAGCGGGGUUCUGGUUCUCAACUCGGCAAGGUUUCCAAACGUGACAGCAGAAAUGUUCAGUCCAACGAAUUUAUCCGAAUGCCUGCGGGAGUGGGACGAUUUAGAGAAAGACUACCAACAAAUUCAGGACACCCAUCGUCUGUACAAGCAUAAGCUUGAAGAAGUGACCAAACUCCAAAACAGCUGCUCUGGUGCUAUUGCACGACAGAGGAAGAAACUGAAAGAGCUUACCUCUUCGCUAAAAGAAUGCAAAGAAAACAAUCCAACGUUCAAACUAAGCCCAGAGCAGCUGAACUCCAUCACUGAAAUUGAAGAAUCCGUUAAAGACAAAACAAAUGCUUUCUCCGAGAUGGAAGCUUUUCUGCCAAAGAAGAACGGGUUAUACCUCACUCUUGUUCUUGGAAACGUCAAUGUAACACUCCUGAACAAACAGGCGAAGUUUGCUUACAAAGAUGAAUAUGAGAAGUUUAAACUGGUCCUCACUGUCAUCCUCUUCGUGUUUUCUUUCACGUGUGGCUUUUUGUUCAGCUACAGAGUCCUGGACGCUCUGUUCAACUUCCUGUUGGUGUGGUAUUACUGCACACUCACCAUCAGGGAAAGUAUCCUCAUAAACAACGGCUCAAGGAUUAAAGGUUGGUGGGUUUUCCACCACUAUGUGUCAACCUUCCUGUCUGGAGUCAUGCUCACUUGGCCUGACGGCGCUCUCUACCAAAUGUUCAGAAACCAGUUUCUAUCCUACAAUCUCUACCAAAACUUUGUUCAGUUCCUUCAGUACUACUAUCAGAGUGGCUGCUUGUACAGACUCAGAGCUCUGGGAGAAAGACACAACAUGGAUCUGACCGUCGAGGGAUUCCAGUCCUGGAUGUGGAGAGGCCUGACCUUUCUACUCCCUUUCCUGUUCUUUGGUCACUUCUGGCAGCUUUACAACAGCAUAACCCUCUUCAAGAUGUUCCAGCUUCCAGAGUGUAAAGAGUGGCAGGUUUUGAUGUGUGGCUGCUCAUACAUGGUGCUCUUUAUGGGGAACUUGUUCACCACGCUGAGAGUGGUUUACCAGAAAUACAAGAACAACCAGGACAAGUCCAAAAGCGUGUGAGACUGGAGUAAUGAGCAAGCCAGAUCACCAAAAAUGCCUCAUUUACAAAAUGUUUUUGUCGUGUUUUCAGUCCUUGUGGACCAUUUACCUGCACUGCAACGUUUAUCAAAGUCCUUCUGAUUUCAAGUCCCUGUUAUGUCAUAAUUAU